UAUUUCUAUUGGAAAUGUCAAUAGUAGUAACAAUGAAGUUUAACAAUGAAUAACAAUAUUAGCAAUGAAUAAAUAGCAAUGAAUGUUUAGCAAUUCAUUAAAUGACUUUCCCAAAAUGACUGUGCUAGUUUCCACCACUGUCGCUAACAGAAAUAAAUAAGGCACAUAGCAACGUUGAAUUUUUAAUGCAACAUCUCCCCCGCUAAGCAAGUCCUUGUGGCCAUUCAAAUGUUGUAGUUCUCCAUAACCACAGCAGCUAGAAACCCUCAGCUCUGGGAUCAGCUCUGCUGCUGCUGGGAUUAAAACACUAAGGGACAAACUUUCACUUUUUUUCCCUUCAAAUUAAGGAUCCACAGUUGUCAGUAAUGCUUUCUAGCAAACCACUGAUGACUUGAAAGAAUUGGAAACGCAACGGUUUUCAUUAUACUGAAAACAACCACAGCACAAGAUUGGUGAAAACUGGUCACCAAUGGCAACCAAAGGGUAUCAUUAUGCAUUUUUCUAAAGAGGGUAAACAGUGGUGGGAUCCAUAUGAAACAUCAAACAGAAGACAAUUCAUCUGCCAUCCAAAGCCGGCAGCAGAGAUUCUGGUGUGCCCAACGUCAACUUCAUUUGUAGACUCCUCUUCAAAGUCUGGACCUUUUGGGUCACCGGUGUACAACAGGGAGUUUUGCUGGAAGCCGCCCUGUAAACCUGAAUACAUUCGCACAGGAACGGCUUCGGGGCAGAGGAGAAACAACCCGCACCCCAGUCAGUCUUUCAUGAAGUGGAGCCUGCCUCGGGAUGCCGCACAAAGCUCUGAGUAUGUUGGCUUCCCUUGGGAAUGUCACCCAUCUGAAGGGGAGAUCCGUAUGGCUUUGACAGCACAGUACAACUCCAUCUACAGAUGUGACUACACGGGCAUGCCUCAAGGACACAAUCAUCGUAAUAACGUAGAAGGUAGAAAUGCACCUCGGCAAAGCAAACGGGAGGUUCCACUUCCUGCUGAUACCGAGAUGAGAGAGAAAUAUCGCCCGCCAAAGCAAAAGCCUGGGCUGCUGUGGAAGUCCUCUCCUUACAGCUGCACAGAUCCUAGCAUGGGAUGUUGUGGUAUAGUUCCCACUGUGGUGCAGAGACACGCUCAGCAGAAAAGAUCACAUUUGACAAACUAUGACAGGUUUUGUGGAAAGACAGACACAAAUGUCCCAAAUAUGAUCAAGUCUCUGCUGCCCCAGGAGUUGCAGCACUUGAACAGAACUUUACCUAAGGAUGAAAAGGAAGCUUUAAAACAAAUCAUGAAUAGCGAUGCUAAUCCAAACAAUGGGGAUAAAGUGAUCAAACUCCCACCAGUUGAGCUUCAUUCCUGCUCACCAAAAGGGAUAUCAAGUUGGCCAGGACCCUUCUGAAUCUUAUUGCUUAUGAUAGUUUAUUUAUAUGUCUUUUUGUUUUAUGCUAGGGAUGCAAACUGUAAUAAACUUCAAUGGUGCACUCAGCAGAAUGCAGAUUCCCACAAGUGUGUCUGCAACAACCACUGCCGAUAUUAAUAGUGGUCUUUCUGAAUUUAUUAGACUUC